AGACGUCACCCACCAGGUCCACUACCAUUGCCGUUAAUUGGUAAUCUACAUUCACUUGGCAACAAACCACACUUGGCACUCUACAAGAUGUAUCAAAAGUAUGGCAAUGUAUUCAGACUGAGAAUGGGCGCUGUCGAAACCGUCGUCCUCACUGAACCCGCCACACUCCACGAGGCCUUUGUUGACAACCCCACAAUGUUUGUCGAUCGAUACCAAAGGGAGAGUAGGAUGCUCUGGAACUCUGGUGAGGCAUUCGACCCGAUCAAUCUUGUAAAGAUCUGUUCGUUGAAUAUCAUCUUCCGCUUCCUGUUCAGCCAUCACUUCUCUUACGACCUCAAUGGCGAAGCCGGUGAGAUCGUCCACCUGAUCAAUCACUGCUUCCAUCUGGCCGGCGCCAAGAUACCCGACGACUUCAUCCCCCUGAUGAAGCGAUUCCGAAGAUCCCGGUCCGAUCUGAUGAACGACUACAUCGACACCAACAUCAAGGUGUGCAAGUACAUCGAGUCCAUCAUCACCAUCCGUCUCAAGACAUUCAACCCCGAUGAAGAGCCCAAGGACAUCCUCGACCACUACCUUCAAGAGUACUUCAAUGGCACCAUCCCACUCGAUGGCAUUGUCUACUCCUUUGCCGAUCUGGUCGCCGCCGGCACAGACAGUUCAGCCAACACUGUAUCAGCAUUGAUCAAGGCAAUGGCCAACAGACCAAAGUAUCAAGAGUUAAUGUAUUGUGAACUUUCCACCAUCACAGGUGAGCCAACCAUCGCUCACAAGAACAGUACCCAAUUGACCAACGCCAUCAUCAAGGAGACCAUCCGAAGAUACCCAACUGCCCCACUCGGCGUACCUCAUGCCGCCACCGAGGACUGUGAGUUCAGAGGUUAUCACAUUAAGAAAGGAACUCAGAUAUUCUUGAACAUCUACAGUACUUUCAUGUCGCCAAACGUUUGGCAAGACCCAGAGGAGUUCGAUCCCAAUCGAUUCAUGGGAGAGGACAAUCCAAACAACAAGAUUGUAAGAUAUAUAUUCGGUGUUGGUCCUCGUAAUUGUCUGGGAGCAGCAUUGGCCGAGCAAGAGUUGUUCCUGUUGACAUCGAUACUCUUUAAGAAGUUCAAGUUUGUUAGAACUACUGAGGAGAUGAUGAAUGAGGACAUGUUGUUUGGACUGGCAUUUGUUCCUACACCCUUCCAAGUGAAGGUCGAGAAGAGAUAG